GCAAACCACAACUAUUUCUAAAACACACCAAACACCUCCUAAUGCAAACCACAAAUGCAAUAAAAUAAACCAGAAACCUCCUAAUGCAAACCAGAAACCUCCGAAUGCAUAAGACAAAUCUCCAAAAACAAACCACAAACUUCACAAAGCAAACCACAACAUUUGCGAAGCACACCAGAAACCUCCUAAUGCAAACCACAAACACAGUAAAUCAAACCCCAAAAAAGCAAACCAUAAACGUCCUAAUGCAAACCACAAAUAUAUUAAAACAAACAAGAAACCUCACAAUGCAAACCACAAAGUUUUUGAAAGCAAACCAGAAACUUCUCAAUGCAAACCAGAAACACGAUAAAGCAAACCACAAAAGGCAUAAAAAAUAUGAGAAACCAAACCAUAAAUCUCACAAUGCUAACCAUAACAUCCGGUGAUCAUUGACCGUUGACCGGUCAACGAAGACCGUUGACCGGUCAAGGACAAUUGUUGACCAAACUCCGAUGACCGUCAGUGACCGGAUUCCGACGCCGAUAGACAUAUUCCGGCCCCGAUCACUAGAUUCCGACGCCAGUAAGCAUAUUCCGACCACAAUGAGCAUAUUCCGGCGACGGUGAGCAUAUUCCAGCGACAAAAAGCAUAUUCCGGUGACCGAAGACCGGUUUCCGGCGGCCGGUGGCAGAAUUUCGACGACCAAAAUUUUGGGCAGAAAAUAAAAAAAAAUAUUUUAUAUUUUACUAUUAUUAUUAUUUAAACAUAUUUUUUCAUAAUGACAAUUAUACCCCUAUUUUGAUUUUACACUAGGUCAACUAAGCUAAUAAAAAGUCAUCACAACCCUAGCUUCCUAUUGGUUGGAGACUAAUGUUGUUACAAUAACAAUAAAUAUGGUGUUGUCACCAUAUCCGCUCCCGUCGCUGGUAGGGAUGGCAACAAAACCCGAACCCAAGGGUACCCACCUGACCCAGCCCGGUCAACGCGGGUAAAAUCCGUGUUGACGGGUUUUGGGCCGGGUUUGGGUUUAAACUCGUUCACUAUUCAUCGGGUUGGGUUGGGUUUGGAUUUAGGUAAACCCGACCCAUGGGUACCCGCCCACACCCAUAUAAUUAAUUUUUUUGGUAUAUUUAAUAUUCUAAACAACUAAUCUUAUUUAUGUUUGUGGAGACAUGUCUAAUUUUUUCUUUCUCAUUGUGUAGAAUGAAGUUGAUGUUAUCGAGUGGAGAGUGAAGAUACUUAAUUGAAAGGAAGAAUUUUUCAAUUAAUCAUGUUAUUUAUGGAUAAUUUGUGAUUUGCUUCAAUUUUCUUGAGUUUUCUAGAUUGGUGUUGAACAAUUUGUAUAGUUAAUUUGUGAUUUGCUUGAAUUUUCUAGAAUGGUGUUUUAUAUAUAGAUGAUUUGUAUUGAGAGAUUGAUAUUUGGUUUUAAUUUUGAUAGGAACUUGUUAUUGUAAUUUUUUACGACAAAAACCCGUGGGUCAUGAACCCGCGAAUGCCCAGCGGGUUGGGUUGGGUUUGAGUUUUUGAAACCCAGUGGGUUUUACCCCGGAUUUUUUUUCACGGAUAAACCCAUGGGUUUGGGUUUGGCAAAACCCGACCCAACCCGAACCAUUGCCAUCCCUAAUCGCUGGAUCUAGAUUCUGUCUCGAUCAAUUCCCAGCGCCCGAGGGGACGAAGCCAUAGAGAGUGGAAGAUGAUGAAGGUUCAGUCAUCAAGGUUUUGGAGGAAGUGGCGAGAGCGGAGCUGGGCAGUUGGGAGUUCGAUUGGAAGACAAUGGGUUUUUCUGAGGAAGGAUGUCACGAGAGCGGAGCUGGACAGGUGAGACUUGGGAGGCCGAUUGGAAGAUGAUUUGGAACAGAAGAUUGAGGGAUUUUAUUUAUUUAAAUUAAUUUUUAAUUUUUAAUUAAUAAGUGACAUGGAUGCCACCUUAGCACUAGAUACUGAGUCAUUGACUGAACAUAUGUUUGACCGUUAAUAUUAAUAGUCAACAUGAGUUUCGGGCCAAAUCUGUCUAAUAAUUUCAAAAGUAGGCCAUAAAUAUCUUAUUUGAAAAAUAAGGCCAGGACUAACACUUAUGCUAAACUUCGUGCCAACCUAGGGUAUUAACCCAAAAUAAAUUGGGCUAAUUUUUGCUUUCAGAACAUGGUUUCGGGUCGGCUCUAUCUAUAAGACAUUGAGUUUUCGACAAAUGUGUAGUUAUGCAUGGUGUUAUAUCGUAUUAAAGAGAACAAAAAAAAUGCUAAAAAAUUACCUUGACCAAAUAAAAUAAUCCAAAUUAAAGAGAACCAAAACAUGUUUCGUUUUAUUUCUAAAUACAAUUAGAACUAUCCAUAUUAUGACAAUACAAGUCUUUUCAUCAUUAAUUCAAUAUCUGAUUGACAUGAACACUUUUUCUUUCUCUUCUUCAUUUUGAUCUAUAAAAAUAAUGUAAUAUUCACAUUUUCAUAUUUCAUUUUAACAUAUCUAUAGGAAAAAAAAAUAUGUGUCACUAUCUAUCUAUUUCAUACAAGUGCGUCUUACUAUAAGUCAUUUUCCCACGCCCAUGCCAAUAUUUCAUUUGUCCUCUUCCACUAGCACUACUCUUCCCAGACAAGUGGAUCUUUCCAUAAGUCAUUUUCCCUCUUUAUUUAGUGAUUAUUUUUGAUAAGUUGUGUGAUAGUUUAUGAUAAUUAUCUGCUUGUUCUUUUUUUAUUGUAUUGUGUAUUGGAAACUAGCGGCCAGACGGGUAUUUUCUAGCGCUGAUUUAUCAUGUCAAUCCAACCAAUUAAAAUUUUUCAUGAACCUAACUUAGUUGUGCAUUUAGGAUGAGUUAAUUUUUCAUCACGCCAUAUAAUUUUCUAUCAGUGCCUGAUUAUAUAUGGAUAGUGUGCGGCGAAAGAUAGCAACAAAGUCUCGAUGUGUAUUCUGACUCCAUUAUUCCGAAUAUCCUAAAAAAGAUGGAAAUAAUAAAUUCUCAUGUGCCUGAUUUUCUAUUGUACCUGAUUACAUAUGGAUAGUGUGCGGCGAAAGAUAGCAACAAAGUCUCGAUGUGUAUUCUGACUCCAUUAUUCCGAAUAUCCUCAAAAAACAUGGAAAUAAUAAAUUCUCAUGUGAAAACGUACACAUUGUUGGAAAUCGAUAAGACUACCCUCUACGAACCACUAAACUCACCUAUAUUGCCACCAUUGUUGCUAGAAGGAUUCCAUAUGGACGGUGAUUUUAGCUAAAUAUAUACAAACUGUGUAGAAGAUGUGAUCUAAGCCUAACUCUAACAAUUUGGCUCAAAGACCAUCUGUGGACUGUGGGAGAGGCGAUUAUUACUCAGAAAUUCCUUGCCAUGGACCAGACCUUGGGCGUAGAAAUAAGAAUUUUUAUUCCACAAAAAUUCUAAUAUGAAAUAAUUGGACACGUGUAAAUCAUUGACUGGAUAGGUGCACCACGUAGGAUGUGCGCCGGCUGUACGGAAGAAUUCCUCCUCUGGAGAGAGACCCUCCCACUCCCGUCUCUCUGUUAUAGCGGCCCGUCUAAAGCGAUCAUCAAUCCAAGUGGAAAAAGAAAACCGAGAAGAGAAGUAGAGGAGGAACGAACUUCUCCGGAAGAGAAGAGAAAUCCCAAAUUUUUGCUGUAUGUCAGCGAAAUACUAUAGUGGUGGUGAGAAACAUAGCUACGGCGGCGAAUACGGCGAACUCUCUAACCCUUCAGAAUGGCCACAGCUCAGGAAAAGGCGACGCUUUCUCAAACAGCUUCUGAGAAUUCCAUCAGCAGCAAGAGUUCUGCAGCAGCGAUGGCGACCCUGAUCCACGAUUCACUCUCUGAUUCUGCUCCUUCUGCUACUACCAAAACCACUGCCGCCACUCCAGUUAUGUCUAGGGCACAGACAUGCCACCCACUGGAUCCAUUAAUGGCUGCUGAAAUAGCUGUGGCUGUGGCUACUGUGAGAGCAGCUGGGAAAACCCCUGAGGUGAGGGAUAGCAUGCGAUUUAUUGAAGUGGUUCUUGUGGAGCCAGACAAGAAUGUUGUUGCCCUUGCGGAUGCGUACUACUUCCCUCCGUUCCAGCCUUCAUUGCUUCCCAAAACUAAAGGCAGGCCAGUGAUCCCCACAAAGCUUCCUCCUAGACAAGCCAGGCUUGUUGUUUACAAUAAGAAGUCGAACGAGACGAGCAUAUGGACAGUUGAGCUCAGUGAAGUUCAUGCAGCAACUAGAGGUGGACAUCACAGGGGCAAAGUCAUUUCAUCCAAAGUUGUUCCGGAUGUGCAACCUCCAAUGGACGCUGAGGAGUAUGCUGAAUGUGAGGCUGUGGUAAAAGACUACCCACCGUUUCAAGAGGCUAUGAGAAAGAGGGGCAUUGUGGAUAUGGAUCUUGUCAUGGUGGAUCCUUGGUGCGUUGGGUAUCACAGUGAAGCUGAUGCACCUAGGCGCAGGCUUGCUAAGCCACUAAUCUUCUGCAGAACUGAGAGUGACUGUCCUUUGGACAAUGGAUAUGCUCGUCCUGUCGAAGGAAUCCAUGUUCUUGUUGAUAUGCAGAACAUGGUAGUGAUUGAAUUCGAGGACCGUAAACUUGUCCCUCUACCGCCAGCCGAUCCCUUGAGAAACUACACUGCUGGGGAAACUCGUGGUGGUGUUGAUAGGAGUGAUGUGAAACCUCUGCAGAUUAUUCAGCCUGAAGGUCCAAGCUUCCGCGUCAGUGGCCACUUUGUCAAUUGGCAGAAGUGGAAUUUUCGGAUUGGCUUCACUCCAAGAGAGGGUUUAGUGAUAUAUUCUGUCGCUUAUCUUGAUGGAAGUCAAGGGAGAAGACCUGUGGCACAUAGACUCAGUUUCGUUGAGAUGGUUGUCCCUUAUGGUGACCCAAACGAUCCGCAUUACAGGAAGAAUGCUUUUGAUGCUGGGGAAGAUGGGUUAGGGAAAAAUGCACAUUCUCUCAAGAAAGGCUGCGACUGUCUGGGUUACAUAAAGUACUUUGAUGCGCAUUUCACAAAUUUCACAGGAGGUGUUGAAACGAUUGAGAACUGUGUUUGUCUGCAUGAAGAGGAUCAUGGAAUCUUAUGGAAGCAUCAGGAUUGGAGAACUGGUUUGGCGGAAGUCCGUCGAUCCAGGAGGCUAACUGUGUCUUUCGUAUGCACAGUGGCUAACUAUGAGUAUGGAUUCUUCUGGCACUUUUAUCAGGAUGGCAAGAUUGAAGCUGAGGUAAAGCUCACUGGAGUUCUGAGUCUAGGAGCAUUACAACCUGGGGAAGCUCGGAAAUAUGGGACGAUGAUCGCCCCUGGAUUGUAUGCACCAGUCCAUCAACACUUUUUUGUGGCACGUAUGGAUAUGGCGGUUGAUUGCAAGCCUGGUGAAGCGUUUAAUCAGGUCGUCGAAAUGAAUGUUAAAGUUGAAGAGCCUGGAAAAGAUAAUGUACACAACAAUGCUUUCUACCCAGAAGAGGAACUUCUCAGGACUGAAUCACAGGCAAUGCGUGAUUGCAAUCCUCUCUCUGCCCGCCAUUGGAUUAUCAGGAACACUAGAACUGUAAACCGAACCGGCCAACUCACAGGCUACAAACUAGUGCCUGGAUCGAACUGCCUACCACUAGCCAGGCCAGAAGCAAAGUUCCUUAGAAGGGCUGCCUUCUUGAAGCAUAACCUCUGGGUUACACCUUAUGCACGGGACGAAAUGUAUCCUGGAGGAGAGUUCCCUAAUCAAAACCCGCGAGCAGGGGAGGGAUUGGCCACUUGGGUGAAGCAGAAUCGAUCGAUUGAAGAGACUAACAUUGUUCUUUGGUAUGUGUUUGGAGUUACACACAUCCCUCGAUUGGAAGAUUGGCCAGUCAUGCCAGUGGAGCACGUCGGUUUCAUGCUCAUGCCACAUGGGUUCUUUAAUUGCUCCCCGGCGGUGGAUGUGCCUCCAAGUACGGGCGAUUGCGAGCUCAAAGACGCUGUAACUCCAACAAAGCCUAUCCAACAUCCCCUCAUUGCCAAGCUAUGAUGUCAGAAAUUUAUUUAAUUGUUGCAACCCAUGGAAAUUUGCCGCCUUAGUCCUUUGCUGUGCUUUGGUUUGCUGACUUUGUUCGUCCAAUGGAACUGUAGCAUUCUCGCCAUUGCUGUUUUAUGGAGCCUCCCCUUGAACACUACCUGUUGUCACUUGUCUCCCAAGUUUUCCCCUUUCUGUUUGCUGUGGCUUCUCUUUGUUUUAGCUGUUCCAUCCUUGGGGCAAAUCUCAAAUACUCUAGAGAUUUCUUAAUUUCAUCAUAUCUGCACGACUACGGGGCAGGUCGAGUCGACCCACUCUUAUAUGGUGUUUGAAAAAAAUACACGUAAAAUUAUACUUUUUAUGAUAAAAUGAAGGGGAAAAUACUUAUCGAAUGAAAAUAGUGACAAUAAAAUGGCUAAUUGAGUCUAACUCGUUAAAUAUCGAGUCUAGUUAGUUGAAGAAAAGCCAAAAUAGGGGCAUGUGGAUGAUGAGCAAUGGUUGCACUGUCUUGACAUAAAGACAAAGACGUCAAAGGGUCUUGCUCGAAUUCUAAAACAUCCUCCUUAGCCGAUCGCUCCCUAUCAACUACUUAAUCAAAAUAUGAAUAGAUACUAUACGAAAUUGAUAUAGAAUAAGCAAAAAAUGGGACAAGUCGGGUCGGGAGUAGAUACACAUGUCUCGCUCCCUUGCUACUGUGGGUCGAGUAAUACUAAUACCCAUUUCAUUGCGGUUCAGAUCGAUUAAUACUCACGGUGCGGAUUCAAAUUGUCAUCACUAAUUAUCCUGUUGGAUCAUUUACAAAUAAAAAUAACAUUAUUAUUUAUUUACUCUUGAAAUGUACAACGUAUCGUCGAUCUACCAAUAUUUUUUUGUCAAUAGUAUGGUAUAUAAAACUUUAUUGAUGUGAAUCGCUAUUCGUCGCCCUAAAAUUUGAAUUUUAUCGCCCUAAAACGUACCAAAAUGACACAUACACCCCUGACCCCAAUUCAAACCUAAACUCAGCCUAACCAAAACCCUCCAGCUGGCAUACCCACCUCCCUCAAGCUGCCUACCCCCAAUCUCUCCCUCUGCCGCUAACCCACCUCCUUCGCAAUGAUUAGUGGCGGAGGCAGGCCCUUAGGGCCUUGUCCCGGGACAUGGGUAAAUUUCGGUGGAAAAAAAUACGCCAUAUAUAUUUAUAUUGGUGAUGGAACACAACACCUAUAGGUAGUAUUAGAGUACUUUGUCACUACAACAACUUAUUAAUUGUCCAAAAUUGACAUAAAAUUAAUUUAUUAUACUAUAAACGAAAUUCCAAUUG